AUGGCCGCGGGCGUGGAGCGGAGCCUGGGCAGCCUCACUGUCUUCAGCCGAGAUGACUUUGAGGACGACUGGCGCCAGGUGGCCAGUGGUGGCUUCAGCCAGGUGUUCCAGGUGCGGCACAAGCGCUGGCUAAUGGAAUAUGCCAUCAAGUGCUCAGCCUGCCUCCAGAAGGAUGCCACCAGCUCUGAUGUGAAUUGUCUCAUUGAAGAAGCAGAAAUGGAGAAGAUCAAGUUUCAGCACAUCGUCUCCAUCUAUGGGUUGUGCAUGCAGCCCCUGGGCAUUGUGAUGAAGUUCAUGGCCAACGGCUCCCUGGAGAAGAUGGUGCCAACCUACAGCCUCUCCUGGCAGCUCAAGAUCUGCAAUCAUGAGACCAGCUAGGCUGUGAACUUCCUUCACAGCAUUCAGCCACCUCUGCUGCACCUGGACCUCAAGCCAGGCAACAUUCUUCUGGACAGCAACAUGCAUAUCAAGAUGUCAGACUUUGGUCUGUCCAAAUGGAUGGAACAGUCAACCCAGAUGCAGUACAUCGAGAGGUUGGCACUGAGGGGUACCCUCAGCUACAUUCCUCCAGAGAUGUUCCUGGAGGGUAACAAGGUGGGGCCCAAAUACGAUGUGUACAGCUUUGGGAUUGUCAUCUGGGACAUCCUCGUCCAGAAGAAGCCAUAUUCAGGCUUCAACAUGAUGACCAUCAUCAUCCAAGUGGCCAUGGGCAUGCGGCCCUCUAUGCAUCCCAUCUUGAACGAGUGGCCGGGUGAGGUCCAGCAGAUGGUGGAUCUGAUGAAGCGCUGCUGGGACCAGGACCCCAAGAAGAGGCCAUCCUUUUCAGACAUCACAGUAGAGACAGACAUGCUGCUGUCCCUGCUCCCGAGCCCUGUCACAGACCCGAAGAGCAAGGCCUUGGCCAGAAAGGUCUCCUGCAAGCCAUCGCUGGACCGGCCCCUAGAGGUCAGUGAGGAAUCCAGCCAGGAGCUAAUGGACAGUGACUCUGGAGACUACUUGAAGCAGGUCUUGCGGCUCUUGGACAGUGAGAGCGUGGUCCCCAGUGAUGAGAACAAGGGCAGCCGCCUCCACUUCCUGGUGGUGCAGGGCAGUGUGGAGCAGGUAAGGCUGCUACUGGCCCACGAGAUGGAUGUGGACUGCCAGACGGCCAGCGGCUACAUGCUUCUUCUCAUCGCUGCACAAGACCAGCAGCUGGACCUGGCUGACGAGGACGGCUGGGCCCUGCUACACUUAGCUGCCCAGAAUGGGGAUGACCGGACAGCUCGCCUGCUCCUGGACCACGGGGCCCAUGCUGAUGCCCAGGAACAUGAGGGCUGGACGUCCCUACACCUGGCUGCACAGAACAACUUAGAGAAUGUGUCGCGGCUCCUGGUCUCCUGUCAAGCUGACCUCAACCUGUGUGAGGCCGAGGGCAAUCCUCCACAUGUGGCCGCCUAUUUUGGCCAUGUCAGCCUGGUCAAGGUGCUCACAGGCCUGGGUGCUGAGUUGAAUGCUCAGCAGAAAAACCUGAGGACACCAUUGCACCUGGCUGUAGAGAGGGGUAGGGUGCGGGCCAUCCAGCACCUGCUGAAGAGUGGGACUGUCCCCGAUGCCCUCGACCAGGGCGGCUAUGGCUCCCUGCACACCGCGGCCGCAAGGGGCAGGUUUCUUAUCUGCAAGGUGCUGCUCAGGUACGGAGCCAGCACCGAGCUGCCCACACAGCGGGGCUGGACACCCCUGCACCUGGCGGCCUACAAGGGCCACCUGGAGAUCAUCCACCUGCUGGCAGAGAGCAAUGCAGACCUGGGGGCUCGAGAGGCCAUGAGCUGGACCCUGCACCUGGCAGCCCGCCAUGCAGAGGAGGUGGUGGUCCCGGCCUUGCUGCAGUGUGGGGCUGACCCCAACGUGGCUGAGCAGUCUGGCUGGACGCCGCUCCACCUGGCAGUCCAAAGAGAAGCCUUCCUGAGUGUCACCAACCUCCUGGAGCACCACGUCAAUGUUCAUGCCUAUAACAGGGUGGGCGGGACAGCUGCCCACCUGGCUGCCCUCAAGGGCAACACGGCCAUCCUCAAAGUAUUGGUCAAGGCCGGCGCCCGGCUGGAUGUCCAGGACGGGGUGGACUGCACCCCCUUGCAGCUGACCCUCAGGAGCCAAAAACAGGGCAUGAUUGCCUUUCUAGAGGACAAGGAGCCUGCUGUACCCAUUCUGGGUGGUGCUGAGCCCAGGGCCCAGAUGGAGGUGUAG